AUGUCUGACCAAGAGGCGGCCCCAGAGGCCCCACAGGCGUCUCCAGAGGCUCAAGCCCCAUCCGCUCCGACAGAGGCGGCCCCGGCGGAACCAGUCCCAGCCCCUGCUCCUGCCCCAGAGCCGGCUGCCGGACCGGCCGUCGGAGCAUCCCCGGAGCCGGAGCCCGCUCCACCCGUGGCGGAGAGCGCCCCGCCUGCCGCUCCAGCUCCAAAGAAGAAGUCCAAAGAAGACUCUCCUGGUGCCCCAGUGAAUCUGACACUGGAUGAUGUGAACGAUGAUUCUGUGACUCUGACAUGGGAUGCACCAGAGAAUGUGGGCCCUUCUGGCCUGGAUGGAUACAUGGUGGAAUACUGCAAAGAUGGAAGUACAAACUGGGUGACUGCUAACAACAAGCCCUUUCUUUCCACCCGUUAUGUAAUCCGCAACCUAACAUCUGGCGAUAAACUUCACAUUCGUGUGAUAUCUGUAAAGGGUGAUGCAGUGAGUGAUCCAGCAGUUCUGGACCAUCCAGUUCUUGUCAGAGAAAUUCUGGAGCACCCCAAGAUCCGGCUGCCCCGUCACUUGCGAGAAUUGUACAUGAAGGUUGUGGGAGAGACAGUGAACCUGGUGAUCCAUUUUCAGGGAAAGCCAAAGCCACAGGUGACCUGGACCAAAGAUGGCCAGCCUUUGGAUCCCAAACGAGUGUCUAUACGCAACAGCGACAAGGACUCCAUCUUCUUUAUCCGGCAAGCACAACGCACAGAUUCUGGAAAAUAUGAAAUAAGUGUUAAGAUCUUAGAUGAAUUAGAAGACAAGGCAACAAUUCAGCUCCAGGUGGUUGAGAGGCCUGGCCCUCCUGAGAACCUCAAGCUGGUAGAUGUGUGGGGUUUUAAUGUGGCGCUGGAAUGGACUGCACCCAAAGAUACUGGCAAUGCUGAUCUCACUGGUUACACAGUCCAAAAAUCAGACAUGAAGACUAAGCAAUGGUUCACAGUUCUGGAGCACUACAACCGCACCAGCUGCACAGUGUCUGAUCUCAUCAUUGGCAACAGCUACACCUUCCGAGUCUUCUCAGAGAACCCCUGUGGCCUAAGUGAGAAAGCUGCUGUCAGCAAGGAUGUGGCACACAUCAAAAAAUCAGCAAUUAUGUACAAAUCAGAGAAGUUUAACAGCCGGGAUUUCUCUGAACCUCCCAAAUUCACCCAACCUCUAACUGACAGGAUCACCACCCGAGGCUACAGUACUCAGCUGGUCUGCUGUGUUCGCGGCUUUCCAAAGCCCAAAGUGAUCUGGAUGAAAAACCAAAUGGAGAUUCGAGAAAACCCCAAGUACCUAGCUAUCAUGAACCAUGGUGUUUGUUCUCUUGAAAUCCGAAAACCCAGUCCCUUUGAUGGGGGGAUUUAUACCUGCAAAGCUGUGAACCCUUUGGGAGAAGCCUCUGUAGACUGCAAGUUAGAUGUGAAAGUUCCAGAAUGAAGAUGGUAUGGAGAAUCAGAUGAAAAUUAAGGUGUGUUU